AUGGUUCUCACUUUAGAGCUCGUCAAUGGUGCUCAUGACGAUGUCGCUUGGACGAAUCUUCGAUCCGAAAUCGUUGAGGUUAUCAAUUUCUGCCGUUCACUCGCAUCGACGAGCGCGAUCGUAACGAGGGGAAUAAGUCUAUUGGAAGGCAUGGUAACGGAAGCAGAAACCAGACAUUCUACUGCCGUCGCAGCAAGAUCCGGUUUGGACCAACCAAUAUCAGUGUUCAGCGAUCCAUUUACUUUCACCUCUGACGACAUGUGGACUGCAGGGAUUAUGAAUUACCUUGACCCGGAUCUGUACAACAUUUUUUUCGGACCUGAUGUUACUCUGUCGUAA